AUGUCAUACCUCUCAAGAUAAACUCUUCUUUAACUAUUGUAACUAGAAUAAGGUCUUGGAGAAUUUCUAGCAGCUUAGAAUACUAGCACUAUUAAAAAUAUUAGGACAGUAAAACCAAAGAAAAGUAAGCCUAAGCUAUAAUAAGAAAUAAUUGAGAAAUUAAGUGAACCAGUAAUAGAGAUUGUGCAAGAACCAGUAGAAUAGCCUAAGCCUGAUGAGAAAUUAUUUGGAGUUAUUUCUUAAGAUCUUGUUGAGAAUCUAUCAGAACAUAACACUUCAAAUAAAAGAAUAUAAACAAUAGAAGAAAUAGCAAAUAUAUUAGCUAAAAAUAUCAACAUUCAAUCAAUCCAGAACGAACUUGAUGAUUUUAUCAACUUCAUCAUAAAGUACAUAAAUGAUAACAAUGAAAACGUAGCUGCAGUAGCAAUUUAAAUCCUGAAUAAAGUGUUAUCAACUGUAAAUCUUAUAAAAUAAUUUGAGCCAAAGAGGCUGGUACCAUUAUUGAUAAAGAAAUACGCAGAGAAAAGUAAAAGAGUUAGAGUCGAGACUACAGAGGCAUUCAAGCAUUUAUUAAAGAUAUUUAGGAUAAAGAAGUUCUUAGAAUUGCUAGUACCAUAUUUGCAAUAUCCUCAUUUUAACAUUAAAUAAGAAAUAAUGAAUCUAAUGAUCUAUAGUUUCUUAACCUCUAAGGGAUCAGCAGGCUUUGAUAUGCAUUCAACUGUUAAAGGACUGGCUUAGCUUUUAAAUGAUAAGAGUUUAAAGGUGAGAUUCAUUGCAUUAGAAAGUAUUGCAUAUAUGACGACCAUUGAAGACUCAGAAAAAAUACUCAAAGUUAUUUCUAAAGAAAUGAGCAAUAAUAAAAAUGUGGUCAGAGGAGUUUAGAAAAGAUUCAAAAUUUAUGCGAGAGUGAAGCUUAAUUCUGAUAAUUAAGUUGAGUAUCCAAGUCUUGAGGAAAAUCCAGAUAUACUUGAUAUACUAUAGGAACUGGAUGAUGACUACUUACAGAUUAUGGCUGAGAGAUUAUCUACUAAUACUGGCACUAAUUUUUAGAAAUCUCAAAGGCUUGGAUUGAAAGACCCUACCAAUACAAAUUACUUCUAAUCCUCGAUAAAGUUUACUGGUAAGAAUUCUACUCCUAAAGAAUCGAAUACACUUCAAACACACAAAUCUCUAUAAAACUUCAGUGCGUUAAGUCGGUAAAAUAUGUAUGAGUCAACUAAGGACACAAAAAGCUAGUUUUCAUUGCCGGUUCUAGUUGAAAGUAAGUAAGAUGAAUAGGAAACAGAACAAAUAAAGAGACAGUCGAAGAAUAAAAUGGCUUCAAGUGUUAUUAAGAGUACCGAUGAUAUGGAAUCACAUCUAAAUAAAUAUAAAAGGAAUCGGGGUUCUGAAAUGAACUUAAGUGUAUUGAAUCGAAAAUCAUCAUCAUCUUAAUUAGCUGGGAUGAAAUCUAUAUCAUCGCGAAAAUCUCCAGUCAAAAAUUGA